GUGGGAGUGGCUAGGCAUUGUAAGGGAAGCCAACACAAUUACGUGACUGGUUUUCACUGCGUGUGUUUGAUAGCACUCUAGUCUAGCUAUAUAGCUGAAAGAAAUGAUGCAGUAUGGUGCUCUUUCAGAAGGAGAUAUAUGUGUGAGGAGGACUAUUGACGAGAACCCUGUGGCCAAAGGGCUGGCCAUUGUAGUAGCUAGUCAGGAGAGCCGAGCCUUUCCCAAUGCUAUUCUCGAAGGAGUCACGAUUGAUUUUCAGAAUACCUGCUCAGCUUUUAGAUUAUUAAGAUAUGCUGUACUGCCAUUGCUGAAUGCCACUGAAAAGAUGAUUACAGAUGUUGUCCAAGCUGUCCCGAAAUGCUUUCCCAUAUGUGGUGAUAACGAUCCUCGAUACAAGCGAAUUGUAUUUUAUUUUGCUGGGCAUGGAGACAAUAAUGUUCAAGUUCAUACACAUGAUGGAGAAAUUAAUGUAGAUCGAAAAAUUAUUUGGCCUCUCUUGCCAGAAAACUGUCCAAAUUUGAGGCACAUACCGAAAUUGUUUUUCAUUGAUGCGUGUCGUGGUGAAGGUACAGAUAUAGCCAUACCUAGAGGAGGGGGUAAUAUCUUUUCUCGUGUGUCAGGUAUGGCUAACUACCUUGUCGUGCGGUCCACUUUGCCGACUAUGAAAGCAUUCGAGCAAAGCAAUCGUCGUGGAGGUUUUUGGACUCAGGCGUUUGUAGAGCAGCUUAUUAGCCCAACCAAUAAAGGAAGGGAUAUUGGGUACAUUCUCAUUGAGAUAAACCGUCAGGUGAAUAGGUUAUUCAACUCCCAAAAUGUUCUGUGCACUCAACAAGCGAUUACUGAGAGCACACUCCUUGAUCACGUCUUCUUCCUGGAUGAAGCUCAGGAGCUUGAAGAACUGGCAAGUACAGCAUACACUUGGAGCAGUUGUCAGCCUGGUUUGCCUGUAGGUUCGCAUUCAGCUGGCUCCAUUCCUGGUGCAUUCCCACCUCCAGCAUUUUACAGAGGUCUAUUUGGGUCUACAGCCUCAGAACUGCCUACGUCCUUCUCUCUACCAGCAAGAGUUAUACCGAGUGCUGCAGCAGUAGCGAGUGGAACCUCUGAAAUAGUGAAUCCUUUGGUACUAGUAUCAGACCCAGUGUCCCAGUCUGAUGCUAUAGAAGAUGUCAUGUCACAAUUACAGGAAGGCCCUGAUCAGGAAUUGGAAAUAUCUCCAUUUGAAAAUUAUCCUCGAAGUACAACAAUACCCGGUCAUUAUAAACAGAAAGUUAACCGUUUCUUCCAAGAGAACGGUAUUAACCCCACAUAUGAAUAUCUAUAUGGCAGUGAAACUGGUCCCACUCAAUACCGAUGCACCGUACGCUACACAAUAUGCGGAGAAUCCAAAGAAGUCGAUAGUGUACAUUACUACUUGAGCAAAGGAGAUGCUAAAGAACAAGUUGCUAAGCUGGUACUUGAGAGAGAAAAUGUUGCACCAAUAGUCAGUAAAGGAAUCAGUCCACCUUCCAACAAGAUAUGGAAGUCUAAACUGAAGGAAUAUUGUGACAAGAACAAGGUUGUCCUCCCUUCUUAUUGCACCGUUCCAACUGAAAAUGGGUUCAAAUCGACGUUCACGUUGUUUGGUCAAGAUAUUAAAGGAAAAGAGUGUAAGAGCAAACAAGAAGCUGAACAGAAUGUGGCCCACCAAGCAUGGCUGAGUCUUGAACAUAAUAAUGAGUACACGUAAUUAUAGGCACACAAAUAGCUAGCGCGGACUCAACACAUUAUGACACCAGUACCGGUAUAUUUAUUUUAUAUAGCUGCUAUAGGAAUCCAAACUGUAUUACUCAUUAUUGUCAUUAAUAAAAGUGUGUGUAUAGACUAUAUAUUCUGCUAGAAAAUAUUUGUGUUAUUCUUUUAACAACCAUCAUGGUCGAUCAUUCCACACCAUGGUCAAUGACUGUAAAAUUGUAUUCGAUUUACAUGUACAUGUAUGUAUAUAUUUAAGGCUUUGUUUUUUCCAAUUUUAUCGAAUAACAUUAUUGUAAUAAUUAUACCCCCCCGGCCCACGCAGUCGAAUUAUUAUUGUAUGCUGUAAGGUAUGCAUGCAUGUGAGUAUAAUACUAUGUAAAUGGAGAUCAGACCGAGGCUGUGGAGAAACAUUUCUGAAUCUACGUAUACUGGAAAACUGGUGUGUUUUGUCUCGUAUAUCUCUGCUCAAACUGGUUAAUUGUUUGUUGGCAUAAUACGUAUCUGUGACAAUUUCCAUGACGGUAUAUAUAUUAUUUGUUUUGAAAAUAGCUCUGCAGAUGUUCAACACCGUAUUGUUACAAUGUUGUUUUGCGAGUGAACAACCUUUUUUUAAUGUGCGAAAUCCACUGUUAAGCGAAUAUGGUGGUGGACAUCACUUUAGAAUGAUUGAAAUCCUCAAGCUACAUGUAGCGAUAUAGACAAAAUUUGGAUAUAAUUAUGCUGUAGUACUACAGCAUGUACUAUAGCGCCUAUAUGCUCUUCGUAUGUUUGAGCAGCUGUAUAUAUGUAGUCUAUAUACACACACCAGAGGAGGUCCAACAUGCGUGCACGAAUCACUAAAAGUUUAGCAUUGAUGUCAUUACGGUCACAUAAUAACAUGCAGGCCACAAUGCACUGAACUUAUAGUGAUUCGUGCACGCAUAUCGGACCUCCUCUGUACACGCACACUAGCUUGCGCAUGCGCACAAGCGUGCGUGUGUGUGUGAUACCGAGGCAAUAAUUAUGAUUCUGAGCAAUAUUAAACAUUACAAACGACCUCUACCAUAAUUCCGAGCUAGGCGAGGUUAUGUUUGGGUCUAGCCUCAUUCCCGGCCCGACUUUUCUCGACUUGAACGAUACUAUCAUAAUAGCCUCGAUCCCAGGCGCUUUAGUGAAAAGUGUGUAUCAAGACUCUCGCGACUGCAUCAGAGAAAUAUUUCAGGCUAUCUAUCUAACACAAGGCAUCACCAUGCACCUCAUGCAAUUAUGGGCUUUUAAACUUGUGAUAAUAAUAAAUUAAACUAACCUCAAGGUUUGUUUAUUAUUGUACAAAAGAGCAAGUGCCCUCUAUAAUGUUUGAAACCUUGAUUAUCCAGCUUGACAAUUUUUAGGGGUGUGUCCCUUAAAUGCGCAUGUGCAUUGCAGCUGUUACCAUGGAGACAGGCCUGCUCAUCUUCUGUGCAUGCGCAGACAACCAUGUGGGACUGCUAUUUAUCAAUUAAGUGGGUGGAUCAAGGCGUGAUUUAUCUAUUCGAUUAUCCAUUGUCUGGCCUGCCACUGGAACCAAGGUGUCCGGAUGAUCGAAGUUCUACUGUAUAUAUAUAGACACAACAAAAAUAAUUGUUAAUCAAUUAUGUGUCACGUACUCUAGUAAUCAAUUAUAUAUUGCCGGAAUCCGGGCAAGAUCAACUGGUUACCUGAGGCGCGUGUGGGCAGGCGGCCACGGGUAUAGUAUAGCCGGUUGGUUUGUCUGUCUGUUUGAGCCUGCUCACCUGGAUGCCACGCACACCAUGUCAAUUGAUCUCUGAGAUCAAAGUGCCACGAUGCACUGUAUUGCCUAUGAAUAUCCGUAUCAGUAAAUUAUUGGCGUUUGGCCAGCUUUUGGUAACCACAUGCAGCUCAUAAUUAGAUUAGAUUACACAUCCCACAUAGCUGACGGUACAUAAUUUAAUACCUUUGGGUUCCUUAGUCUAGUUAGCAUAAAAUUAUAGCUGGAGCUAGAGAGUUAAGUAGUAGUCUACAUAGACAGGGUGAAGUUAGCUAGCCUAGACCUGUAGUUUAUAUAAUUUAUUGAUAUUAUAGCAGUAUAGCUGGUGUACGGUAUGGAUCAGCCAAAAGCUAACUUCGUACAAACAAGAUUUGAAAAACUUUUGAAACAUUAUGACAUCAACGAUUUUACCCGGUUUCUUGCCAAAAAGGAGUUCCUGCCUAGAUCUACGUAUGAACUGAAAUUUCUACCCAGUGGUAAAUCUGCCCCCAAACAGGAAAUCAUUAGCUCUCUACUGUCUCAUGUGUCUAGUAGAGACCAAUUUGCAAGUGGCCUCUUGGACAUUUUUUGUCAGUACACUGAAUUUGUCUCAGAAGAUGUGGCCUUGACACUUUCUGAAAUACCCUCAGCUAGAAAGGUGGCCCUGACACUUUCUAAAACACCCUCAACUAAGAAGCACUUUUCACACAACAAAAAAGGAUCCGAUUCUGACUCGUGUUCGUCAUCGUCAUUCUCUGAUGAUUCUGACCCUUGCCAGCCCAGCCAAGAGUGUCCAACUACUGACAUAAGUGAAUGUUUAGCCACUGAUCCUGGGUACUGUACACAAAGCAAUUCGCUGGGCCUUGAGCUCUCUCUGACUAGUAAUGUUCAACUCCCUUCCGUGGAAUGCCUUGAAGCGAACAGCAGACAAUUGAAACCAACCCCAAUGCAUCACGAACGAACGAAGAAAAACAGACGCUCAGCAGGGAUUGUGUACAACAUCACCAAUAAUCAUUUUAAUGUAAUGCCUAAGAAUUCAACAAGCCGUGGUUCUUCAAAACAGAUAUACAGCUUGCCACAACACCAGAGCCCAAAUCAGGAUUUUCGUACAACAACAGACGGCCUAUUUCCACUACAGUCAUCAGUUUGUGAAAAGAUAACAAAGUUCCAGAGAGUACUACAAAAAUGCUGCCAUGAGUUUACAGUGUGCUUGAACGUACAAUCAUUGCUACCCUAUCUGUGUGAGCAAGAGCUUUUGACAUGGAACGAAUUCGAAACUCUCAAAACGGGAACUCAAAAUGAGCAGAACCAGUCACUAUUACGUAUACUACUCUACAAAGGUGAACAUGCUUACGAACGAUUCCUCAAAUGCCUAUUAAACGAUAAGGAACACUCAGGCCAUGUGCACCUUGCAACACUACUGAGUAGUAUGAUGUAUCCAAAGUCGAUUGAUGUGUGAGCAGUGCAUGUACCAUUGUAUAUACUUAAAAAAUAACGUAGUUACAGUCAGUACAUAAUUAAAGUAUUUAACAUACGUAUAUAUACCUUUUGUUGUUGUAAUGCAGCUAUACUGAGUAAUUAUACUCUACUAUAAGUCUUCUGUUAGAUAAUUUAUGUCUUAACUUAACGUACUUAACGCUACAUAAAUUAUUGUAAUGACUGAUACCACCUUAUAGUAGUCACAUUAUUUGUAAAUUGUUAAGUUAUAUACGUAUAUACAAGUAAUUUUUGUUUGUACAAUGUCACAACACCAUUUUAUAAGCUGUUAUGUCAAUUUUA